AUGCUUAAACUUGACAUAGGAAAUUUUAUCGAUAAUCAUAUUCCAAUAUUCAAGUUUGUCAUUCUAUUAGUACGUCAUAAUACUACAUCUUCAAUUCUAUUUCAUGAACAAUUUAUUUAUACACCUCAAAAACAUUGCUUACCACGAUAUACGACGGAAUUACUGUAUCCAAUUACUGAUUUAUCAUUAUCAUUUCUUAAUCAUUCUAUAUAUAUUCAUGUAUUUAUUGCAAAUACACUUCAACAUUUUGUAUCUUGGCAUUUUCCUGUUUCAUUCGAAUUCUUACCUGUUCGUCGUAUAGUAAAACAACUUCUCGUAAUGAAUAUCUCAAAAUUCACAUCAACAGUAACGAUAGACUUUCCUAAUUGUACGUCUUGUUCGAAUGAUUCUUUAUGUCUUGGAUAUGAUAUUGAUCUUGAUCGAGAAAUUUGUUUAUGUCCUUGGCAUCGUACUGGCCGUCGAUGUCUUAUUACCUUCAAUCCAUCGGCCACAUCGAAACUUGAAUCUCAGUAUUUACGUCCUCUUCUUGUUGCACAAGAACGAACCGAAACCUUAAUAAAAUCUUUGUUCGCAAAUCAGAAGAAGAUAGCAAAGGCUUUGCGGAAACAAAAGAUUAAUAUCUCAUUGAUUGGAUCGGAUGAACCAAUUGAUACUGUUGAUGAUCAAACAUUCUUGACGUCUUUGGAAUAUACGUCAGAUGAUGGUGUAACUGUCGAUCUACUCAAACGAGCCGGUGUCAAAGAGCAUGCAAAUUUAUAUAUCCCCUCUUUGAUGGACUUAUUAUAUAAACCAGAAGAACUGUUGGCUUUGGAAACCAAAGAUGUUCCAAAAGAUGAACGAUACCAAUUGUUGAGAGAAGCAGUGAAGGAUAAAUUUCGAUUGACUUCAGACGAAUUAGAGACAAUGUGGCAGUGGCUUCACACAGUCUUCUUAGCCAAACGUCGAACACUUCAUUGGAAGAAAAAACGCGAAGCAUUAGUACCUAUGAACAAUAACUGA